UCUCUGUGAUAUUUGAUUUUGCCUCAUUGUUCGCUUCAAUUAAGCAUUCUUCGAAUCUGAUCGUCGCCGAUCUAUAACUCGGAAGAAAAGAGAAUCGCAUGAAAUUGUUUGGAAGACUUGCUUUUACAUCUUUGAUUUCAAGCUACUUCAAUACUGCGAGUUUUCUGAUCUCAAUUCUUAGUUUUUCUCCCCGAUUGCCGAUUUCGCUCUUUCUCUUCGAGCAGAAAUCGUUAGAUCCUUUAUCGCCCAAUACUAGUUGUAAUUUCAGUAAUAAAUCGCGGAGCAUUGUUAAUCCAUGGACUCCGAAGGCAAAACUGAUCGUCAGCUGAAUAAAGCUAUUUCCGUCUCAACCGGCGAGAUGAUGAAGAAGAGAUCACCUUCAGUGAUAGUGAUUGGAGCUGGUAUGGCUGGGAUUUCGGCUGCUCGCACUCUUCAAGAUGCUUCCUUUAAGGUUGUGGUAUUGGAGUCCCGAGACAGAAUUGGUGGACGAGUUCACACCGAUUACUCAUUCGGUUUUCCUGUUGAUUUGGGUGCAUCUUGGUUGCAUGGUGUCUGUAAAGAGAAUCCUCUCGCUGCAGUGAUUGGGAGAUUAGGAUUACCUCUUUACCGUACUAGCGGUGACAAUUCGGUUUUGUAUGAUCACGAUCUUGAGAGUUAUGCUCUAUUCGAUAAAGCUGGUAACCAAGUUCCUCAGGAGUUGGUAACACAGGUUGGCCUAACUUUUGAGCACAUUCUAGAAGAGAUCUCUAAAGUCAGGGAUGAGCAGGUUGAAGACAUGUCUAUAGCUCAAGCUUUUUCUAUUGUAUUCAAGAGAUCACCUGAAUUGAGGUUGGAGGGGCUUGCCCAUAAUGUGCUUCAGUGGUACUUAUGCCGUAUGGAAGGAUGGUUUGCUGCUGAUGCUGAAACCAUCUCGGCAAAGUGUUGGGACCAGGAAGAAUUGCUGCCUGGUGGACAUGGUCUUAUGGUUAGAGGGUAUCGUCCUGUCAUCAACACUCUUUCGAAAGGUCUUGAUAUCCGACUAACCCACAGGGUCAUCAAGAUUGCAAGACGCUACAAUGGAGUGAAGGUGACUACCGAAAAAGGAGACACGUUUGUUGCGGAUGCUGCAGUGAUUGCUCUUCCUCUUGGAGUCCUAAAGUCAGGAAUGAUUGAAUUCGAACCAAAGCUUCCAGAGUGGAAACAAGAAGCUAUCAACGACCUCGGUGUAGGAAUCGAGAACAAGAUCAUCUUGAACUUUGACAAUGUCUUUUGGCCAAACGUAGAGUUUCUAGGAGUGGUUGCAGAAACCUCCUACGGGUGCAGUUAUUUCUUGAACUUGCAUAAAGCCACAAGCCAUCCUGUCCUAGUUUACAUGCCGGCUGGUCAGCUAGCUAAAGACAUUGAGAAGAUGUCUGACGAAGCAGCUGCCAAUUUUGCUUUUUCACAACUCCAGAAAAUUCUUCCUGAUGCGUCUUCACCGAUAAAUUAUUUGGUAUCAAGGUGGGGAUCAGACAUCAAUUCAUUGGGAUCAUAUAGCUAUGACAUUGUUAACAAACCUCAUGACCUCUACGAGAGGCUGAGAGUUCCUCUUGAUAACUUAUUCUUUGCUGGGGAAGCCACUAGCACGAGCUACCCGGGAUCAGUGCACGGUGCUUAUUCAACCGGAUUGAUGGUUGCUGAAGACUGCAGGAUGCGAGUGCUAGAGCGCUAUGGAGAGCUUGAACUUGAUAUUGAAGAGGAAACUCCUGCCUCUGUCCCUCUUCUCAUCUCCCGUAUGUAAAUUUAGAAACCUCAGCUUUUUGGGUUUUUUCGUUUUCAUAUGGGAACAUUGCUAGAUUUGUUUUUUAUUUACUUAUAGAUAUCAUGUGAUAUAACUUAAAAAAUCAAGAAUUUAUUAUGAGAAUUACUUCA